CCAACAUUCUUUCCGCACGGCGGUCUGUUGCAGGACUAGCGGGUGAUUUGAAUUUAAAUUUCUGCUGGAGCCUGCUUAAAAGAACAAGAUGUCUCGCAGCAGUAAGCAGGCUAGUGCUGAGCUCCUGGAAGAUAGGGAGAGCUGGAUCAGGGUGUUCAAUAUGUGCUAUAACUGUGAUUGUACUAUGAAGCAAGUUGAGGAUCUUGAUAAAGGAUUUGUCUUCUCCAUUUACCUACAAUUUGCCAAAUUUACAUUGAGGGCUUCUCUGGACAAGAUGAAACAGAUGGGCCCAAUGUGUCCAGAAGAUUGCCAUACUUACCCUGAAGCUUACGAAAAAGCCAUCCUUGCUCCAAGACUUGCCAAGCUCCUGGCCUGGUUCUUCAACAAAAGAUAUAAAGAUAACACGUUUGGCUUCGAAGAUUUGUUUGCCGUAGAUAAAAGCCGAACUCGUCGUUUCUUCAAUUAUAUGGUUAAUGCAAUUCAUGAAUUAUCUGAAUUUGAUGAAGCAACAGAGAAAAUUCGUUUGGAGGCAUUUCAACGAAAAGAAGACAUGGCAAGGAUUGAGAGUGAGCACAGUCGACUCUUGGCAAGCCUUCAACAGCUGAAGGAACAGCAGAAAGAGAUGCAUAAAAUGCAGGAGCAAGGAAAUGAGCUGAACGAGAAGCUGAUGCAGAGCCUGCAGAACAAAGGAGUAGUGAAGGAGCAACUCAAAGCAGAAUUGGAAGCCAAGAAGAAAGAGAUCGCUGAGCAGGCUGAGACAGCUCGAGCCCUUACUGGAGAGUGCGAUCAUUUGGCAGAGACGAUCCAGGAGCUGGAAGGUUGCGUCGUGACGCAGGCGGAGCUUGACGACCUCCAGCAGCGUGACCACAAUAUUGCCACAGCCAACACCGACAACAGCAACAAGGACAAGCAGCUGGAGGCCCUAGAAAGUCUUCACAGUGAAACAGAAAGAAAAGUGGCCCUCCUGAAGGACAAGAUCUUGCCGCUGGAUCAAGAUCUGAGUCACCAACUUCAGGAGUUAGCUGAGCUGCUGAAGACAGAGGACCUCUGCAACCGUCAGAGUCGCGCCCAGAGCGCGUCUGAAGAGCUCGACCACCGCAACUCUGUGCUGCGCGAAAAGCUUGCUGCUCUGGACGAGCAACGCAGCUCUAAUGCUGAAAACUGGAACAGGAAAAUGAAUGGCUUCCAGGCUGACAUGCAGGCAGCGCGCCAGAUGCUGGACGAGCUGGACCAGGCGGACAAAUGUGAUGAAGCCAAGGAGGUGGCGCUGAAGGAACAGCUGCAGGCGGCAGACAGGGAGCUCGACGCCCUGCAGAAGGAGGCCGUCCAAGUGGAGGAGUUCUUCAAGAGCCGUAUCGCGCAGCACAUCGAAGCUCUGAAGGACUACAACAGCUGGAAGAAGCAGGCUUUCAAUGAGUUCAUCAUGAAGUUGAAUGAACAUGUUCUAGAUGACUGAGGCAGCAUUUACACACUGCGAACAUUAUUUCUUUUUUACAUCAUCUCCAGUAAGCAACUGACACUUAAUUUGCUGCUUUACGGUGAAGUUACUUUAGUGUUUGGUAUCAAGCGGAAGUUUCAAAUAAAUACUAAUAAAAAAUGGAUAAACGAA